AUGGUGGUGCCCGAUGGCUUGAGCUUCGACCCUGGCAGACCUUACAUCAUGGCCUCGUCAAACACAGAGCGUCGACUUACAGUACAUUCCGACGGCUAUGGCACCCACGGGAAAAAACAGGAAGCCAAAGAUGACGCAGCCGCAGCCACAGAGCCUGAAGGUUCAGCUAUCGUGCCUUGGCAACCUUACGGUAAAAUUUCGGAUGGACUGGUAACUGGUAGGUUGCCAGGGCACGAAAAUGGAACCUUCAGGACUGGCAUUCAACGCUUCUCUUGUAUCGACGGAGGUGAUUACAAUGGAGGGAAGAGAUUAAGUGCCGCUGUAAAUUCUGGGGAUCUCCGUGAGGAGUGUAUAGCCUCAGGAUGUGAAGAGGACAUCAUUAUUACCAUUGACGGAGCUUUUAUUGCCACCGAGUGUUUGAACUCGUUUGGAUCACCUGCCUGCUCUGAACUUGAUGGCGGCAGUGUGAGUUUGUCUUAUGAUGUGAAUUCCAAUCUGAGGACUUUCGAUGCCUGCUCUGACCUUGAUGGCGGCAGCGAGAGUUCAUCUUGUGGUCUGGAUUCCAAUCUGUUGACUUUCAAUGCCUGCUCUGAACUUGAUUGCGGCAGUGAGAGUUCAUCUUGUGACUUGGAAUCUGAUCUGAUGACUUUCAAUGCCAGCUCUGAGCUUGAUGGCGGCAGCGAGAGUUCGUCUUGUUAUUUGGAUCCUAAUCUGAUGACUUUCAAUGCCAGCUCUGAACUUGAUGGCGGCAGCGAGAGUUCGUCUUGUUAUUUGGAUCCUAAUCUGAUGACUUUCAAUGCCAGCUCUGAACUUGAUGGCGGCAGCGAGAGUUCGUCUUGUUAUUUGGAUCCUAAUCUGAGGACUUUCAAUGCCAGCUCUAAACUUGAUGGCGGCAGCGAGAGUUCCUCUAAUGAUAUGGAAUUUGAUCUAAAGACAAAAGACGAUGACGACGAAAAAGACUACCAGGACGCAGUUACUGAGGAUGGAGAGAAGUGCGAAGCACUUGAUCAACUUUGUUUGGACAACCCAGAAGGACUCUGCCAUCUAUUUAGAAAUAAACUAAAGGAAAUCGACAUAAAGAACCAAGACCUCCUCCAGAUAAUCAAGGAGAAGAAUAGGAAGGAGGCAGAGCUUAAUGAAACCAUCAGGCAGCUCAACGAGGAACUGAUCAACGAGAAGACCGCUAGCGCCAACCACCUCCUUGACCUUCACGAGGAGGCUGUACUUCUUAUGGUCGAAGAAGUUCUGGCGAAGGAAAGAGACUCGUUCGAACGACAACUACAGAGGCAAAUGGAAGAGCAAAAGGAAGCCAUGGAAAGACUCGCAGAAGAAAAGGAGGAUGCGCUGAAAAUCCGAGAGCAGCAGAUCUCGGAGAAGGAACUUGUAAUCAAGAAUUUGGUCAAACAGAAAGAGAUUCUUAAGAAAAACAUGGAUAUGAUGAAGGAAGACUUUGAACAAACCCGACUGCAGGUAAUCUUGAAGGAAGCUGAACUUCUUAAGAUCGAAGAAGUUCUGGCGAAGGAGAGACACUUGUUCAAGGAGGCGAUGAAAAAACUCACAGAAGAAAAGCAAGAGAAGGAGAAUCUUUUGCAAAUACAAGAGCAGCACAUCUCGGAGAAGGAACAAAUGAUUAAGGAUUUGAAAAUGGAAAACAAGAUUCUUCAGGAAAACAUUGAUACAAUGCAGGAAGAAAUUGAAAAAAUCAGAGUACAGCAAAUCUCGAAGGACUGGAAUCUAGAAGAUUUGGAGGAUAAGAACGAGAAUCUUAAGAAGAAUAUGGUAAAGAUACAGCGAGACCUCGAACGGAUGAAGACAGAGAAGGAGCAGAGAGAACGACAUAUAAAAGAUCAUGAGGUACUCGCAGAGGAAAUGAACAAUGCAGUAAAAAACCUGCAGGAGGAGUUAAAGGAAAUGAAACAACAGAAUAUAUGGAUGGAAAAUACUAUAGAAAGGUUGGAAAACAAAAACAGAGAGAUGGACACCAUGAACGAAGAGCUUCACCAACUAAGGCUGGACAAGAGCCGAAUGGAACACCAGCUGGUCGAAGCGAGGGAUAUCCUCGGCAAAGUGAGAAAGCAAAGCGCUGAAAAAACAGAAAAGAUGGUGGCUCUCGAAAGAGAGAUUGAAGACCAGAAGAGACUGAAAAAGGUUGCUUCCAUAAGAGAUAAUGAAGAACAUCUGAAAAGGCUUGAAAAGAUGACUGCCCUAGAACAAGAGAAUGAAUGUCUUUGGAAAGGCCUGGAAAAAAUGGAGAAAAAUUAUAAAAACCUGCUUGUUGAGGCCCAAGCUCAAACUGAGCUCAAAGAAGAAGAAGAAGCAAGGAGACUCGCAUUAGAGCUUGAGGGACAAAAUCGAGCAAUAGGAAAUCUCCAGUCCGAAAACAAGAAGUUGAGAGAUUACUUGGAUUUAACUGCAUCAACAGAACUUUGCGAGGAAAGGCAAAUGAAGAGAAGUGCAGUAGAAAACUUGAGGCAAGAGAAUGAUAAUGAUAGAGAUAUCUUCAGAGGAAAAAUCAAGAAGACUGAUGAAGUUCGAAAAGAGCGGAAAAUUUUCACAAACGAAGUUAGAAGUCAGCCUAAUGCAACGAACACAUAUUUCGAGAUGCUGCAAGAGGAAAGUUUGGACAAAUUAAACGCCCACAACACCCGUGAGAUGCAAAACAGAGAGGGAUCCAAUCCUGUUGGAAGAGUGAUGGAAAAAUGUAACGAAAAUAAUUGA